AUGUUGCGCUACACCAGCUGCGCAGCUAAUAUGCUCUAUGCACGCGGUGCGCUACGCGUCUUGGCUGGCGAAGAGAGUCUAAUGUCGCAUAAACUGCUCGUCAUCACGGCUCCACUGCUCAGCGCGCGAUGCGUUCGCAUGGCGUCAACUGGAGCCCCCGGCGCUGCCGAAAGUUUGGAUAACAGUAACGUCGGUAGCGGCAGUAACAUGCAAUGCCGUGAGGCCUCCAUCCGCCGGCUAGCGGUCGUGCGUCCCGAUUUGGUUGGCGAAUGGGUACCCGAGUUGAACGAUAGUGACGUCUCCUCGGUUCUCUGUACGAGUACGAUCGAUGCGUGGUGGCGCUGUAAUGCGUGCGGCACAAACUAUCGGGCCACAGUGAAAGACCGUGCAACCAUUGAAAAGGGGUGCCCCGAGUGUGCGAGCACCCGUACGCUUAGGCAAAACCAUGUUUCCUCUGACAGUUGUACCGGCACGGCCGCAGUCAGUGAAAGAACUAACGAAACAGCGAAGGGAUCCCUCAAGGAAACACAUCCCGCUAUCGCCGAUCGUUGGGAUUACGAGAGGAACGGCCUACUGCUCCCAACAGAUGUUGACGCCGCAAGUGAACUGAAUGUUUGGUGGAAGCCGGCACCGGGUAGACCCUCACGUGAGCGAUCGUUUCGCCGUCCAGUGUUCGCCUUCGUUGAGACACCCUACAGCGAAGAGGAGCAGCUGGAGGCCCAAACCGCUUUGGAGUUAGAUGUAUUGCAGCAAGUUCGGCAGGCAUCCAAGAUUACCACCGCUCGCGAAAAUCACGCUCUACCUGCAGCCGCGCGAAUGCUGGAUGACAUUGUUUUUCGGAAUAACAGCAGCAGUUCUUCUGAGCACACUUCCGCGACAACAAACAUUGCGGCGUCGAGUGAACCGAUGAUUACUGAAGGAGCACAAGGGAACCGCUGUAAUCUCGAUGGGGAGGAUCUGUACAAAGCUGUCGAGUUGUGGGAACGGAAACAUAAGACUAAGGCUGGAUUGGAAACCCGACCGAUGUUCUACUCCACAGAGAAUUGUGACGGUGCUGCAAUAGCGCGCGGGCAAGUGCUCACCGCUUAUCACCGCUUCGUCUCCGACCGUAAGCCUAAAGUGUGUACUGCACAUGACGGCAAUGAAAAUGACCAACUCCCUAUCCCUUCCGCCAUUGAAGACCCCGACUGGUUGCAACACUUCACGCUGCGUGUAGAUGAUGUUGCCAUCGGUCACAGCGCCUCCUCUGCACGUCUUGUUCUUCCCGACAAUGUGGCGUUUGUGUCUGCGGUGGAUCACGAGAAGCAUACGACAGUCGCUAGUAAUGGUGCUUCGAGGAAGAGCCGAAUGGCCACACUGCCACCACCACCAGAGGAGUACGGAAGUGAGGUGCGCACAACGUUUGCUGUUCAAAAACGGUCGUAUCCCCGCAGACCGCCCCAACCACCCGCACGGGAGGAUGACGUGACGGAGGCAGUGCCGAAGGCUACGGAAGCUGCAGGCGAAAGAGCAAUUGGAUCCUUUCCACGUCACACGGGAUCAGGCGCUGCACGGAACAAUGGUCUACCCGAGGCCUCGUUCGCAGUAGUAAGUCUUUCGGGGGCACAAAGUCUCGCGCGGGAAUACAACAGUGGUACAACGGACAAUAUAGACGCGCUUUUCGAUGCCAAGGGUGAAGAACUUCAGAGACAAACACUUCUUGGUCCCACCGCAAUUAGUUCCAUGACUGAGGAGCAGGUGCGAGCGCUGCAAUACAACCGUGGGUCCCCUCGCCCUCGUCGCACAGGUCGCUUCAGGCUUCGACCUCCAGUUGAGACUGAUAGUGGUUCUACUGAAGUUGUUAGGAAGGGGGAUGUCCUAACUUCCACGUUUGGUUCAGGGGUGCUAUCAGCAGCAGAUGCGCCCACGCAAGAUGAAGAUAAAGACCUCAAGAUUAUUCAGGCGCCUGGUGCGCCCCGGAAAGUGUCGCGGCCCAAGAGAAAAAAGGCAGAGGAAGCAGCUCCUGGGGAUGAUUAUGGUAAUAAUGCAGUUCGCGCUGCUGCUGGUGAUGCGUCUAAAGAUAAAGUAGCAGCUCCAGCUUAA